GAGUUCAGUCAGUGAGAGGAAGCGCUCCGUGGGCUUAGGGCUGUGCUGCGUGCGCGAAAUAGUAAAUAACGACUGUGCGUGCGUGCUGAAGGAAAUCACACAUUUUCUGACAGAUAUAGGGGAGACUUGUGCCGGAAUGCGGCGUUGUUGCUGACCACCUCCUCAGCAGCUGUCUCUCUGUGUAUCUGUGUAUAUAUAUAUAUAUAUAUAUAUGUGUGUGCCUCUGUGUGUGUGCGUGGACUUUGACGGGGACGACGGGCAAGGACAAAAAUGCCACUACGGGAAUCAGUAACUCUGUGCUGUCUCGAACGGCGGAAAAAACACUGACUGCCUUUCAAAUAUUCACUUUGGAUCUACCUUACUACACAUCUGGAUUUUUCCCCUCCUUUCUUCUUAUUCUUUUUCUUCGUAGAGUAUUUCUCAGUUUUCCUUCCUGAAGAACGGUGACUCACUGCAGGCAGAAGGCGAGCCGCUGCAUCCUAAUCAGACAGCGGAGAGGACUUCAGCUCAUUGACAUUACAGUCAUACUUUUCUGGAGCACUUUUUUUUUAUUUCCACUGCGCUGCACUGUAGCCUGCGUGUGCAUUGGAGGCUUGUGGCUUUUCCCCCUCUCUCCCUCUUCACAAAGAGGAGAAGGAGGAUACGGGUGGCACCUACUGAAGUGGGCUAAGGAGACGAAACUCUCCCUAAACCCUGCUGGAACUGACUGUUUUUUAAUUUUUGUCUUUCUCCUUUUAUUGUUAUUAUCUUUUGUCUUUUUUUGUACAGUUGUAUCCUUGGACUAUUUGCGCAGUUUCUUUUGGUGGUUUUUGAACACUUUGCAGUGACUAUUCUGUUUGGAGACUGGAUCCCGAUUAUUGCUCAGAUGAGUCUGGAUGCUCAGCUGAAUAUAAAUUAGGUGCUCAGCGCCACAGAUUGCUCGCAGAGGAAGAGAGCGACAGAGCAAAAACAAUCCACAAAGACAAAUGUCAAGGCCUCGCAUGAUGAACAGAACUCUUUAUUUUGUCCUGGAUAACAGAAAUACCACAUUUGAGCAAAAUAUCAACAGUUAAAAGGAGGGGCUAAUCUCAACACAGAUCAUAGCAGCUUUUAACUGAGUGGAGAUGUAUCUUUCUAUUUUCUUUUUCCUGCUCUUGUGGGCUCAAGCCCUGACAUUGAAAAACUUGAAUUACUCUGUCCCAGAGGAGCAGGGUCCGGGUACAGUGAUUGGGAACAUUGCCAAAGAUGCCAGACUUGGAAUUGAACAGACUGGGCAGGGAGGACAGGGUAAGAAAGCCAACUUCAGAGUGCUGGAGAACUCAGCCCCGCAUCUCAUCGACGUGGACCCACAAAGCGGAUUGCUGUAUACGAAACAGCGCAUCGACAGGGAAACAUUGUGUAAGAGAAACCCCAAGUGCCAGCUCUCAAUGGAAGUGUUUGCCAACGACAAGGAGAUAUGCAUGAUCAAGAUAGAUAUUCAGGACAUCAAUGACAACUCACCUAUGUUUCCUUCGGAUCAGAUUGAUAUUGACAUUUCUGAAAAUGCAGUCCCAGGGACACGCUUUCCCCUGACCAGCGCACAUGACCCAGAUGCAGGGGAAAACGGCCUGAAAACCUAUCAAAUAACACGCGAUGACUACAAUCUCUUUUCUUUGGAGGUAAAAUCCCGUGGUGACGGGACUAAAUUCCCAGAAUUAGUUAUUCAACGACCACUAGACCGGGAAGAAAGAAGCCAUCACACCCUUAUAUUGUCAGCCACUGAUGGGGGUGAAUAUCCUAGGUCAGGUACCAUGCAGAUAAAUGUUAAAGUUAUUGAUUCCAAUGAUAACAGCCCUGUGUUUGAUCAGCCCUCGUAUGUUGUGGAAAUUCCUGAAAAUUCACCUCCUGGUAAAGUCUUGAUCGAUCUAAAUGCCACUGAUCCUGAUGAGGGGAACAAUGGACAAGUAGUCUAUUCUUUUAGUGGCUAUGCUCCAGAGAGAAUCCGAGAGCUUUUCUCCAUAGAUUCAAGAACAGGAGUCAUAAAGAUUCAGGGUGAAAUUGACUAUGAAGAAAGCCCAGUUAUUGAGAUUGACGUCCAGGCAAAGGAUCUAGGUCCCAAUCCAAUCCCAGGCCAUUGUAAAGUGACUGUUAAAGUGCUUGACAGGAAUGAUAACUGGCCAUCUAUAGGCUUUGUGUCUGUGAGACAGGGGGCCAUCAGUGAGGCAGCUCCUCCAGGCACUGUCAUUGCUCUGGUCCGUGUCACAGACAAGGAUUCGGGCAGGAAUGGGCAGCUUCAAUGCAGAGUCCUAGGUAAUGUACCUUUUAAACUUGAAGAGAACUAUGACAACUUUUACACAGUGGUGACAGACAGGCCCUUGGAUAGAGAGAUGCAGGACGAGUACAAUGUCACCAUUGUGGCCAAAGACAAUGGCAUGCCUCCUCUAAACUCCACAAAAUCCUUCACAGUAAAGAUCCUGGAUGAGAAUGACAAUAUCCCUCGCUUUACCAAGUCAGUCUACCUUCUUCAGAUUCCUGAGAACAACAUACCUGGGGAGUACCUGGGGUCAGUUCUGGCGCAUGACCCAGACCUUGGGCAAAAUGGCACCGUGUACUACAGCAUAAUUAACUCCAAUGUUAGUGGGGGUGAUGUCAACACCUAUGUUAAUGUGAAUGCUGCUAAUGGAGCCAUCUAUGCUGUCCGAUCUUUUAACUAUGAGCAAAUAAAGUAUUUUGAUUUCAAGGUUCUGGCUAAGGAUGCAGGAUCUCCGCACUUGGAGAGCAACGCCACAGUGCGCAUCAGUAUUCUCGAUGUCAAUGACAACAUCCCUGUCAUAGUUUUGCCACUUCUUCAGAAUGAUACCGCUGAAAUCCAUGUGCCACGUAAUGUUGGUGUUGGCUACAUUGUCACCACAGUGAGGGCGGUAGACAGUGACUACGGUGAAAGUGGGCGGCUCACCUAUGAGAUAUCAGAUGGCAAUGAGGAGCACCUCUUUGAGAUUGAUCCGGUGACCGGCGAGGUACGAACGGCCCACCCGUUCUGGGACGACGUGAGCCCCAUUGUUGAGCUGAUCAUUCGAGUAUCGGACCACGGCAAGCCGACUCAGACCGCUGCCGCCAGGCUCAUCAUCAAGGCCUCCAAUGGACGACCUCCUGAUGGACUGCCGCACAUGAAGGACAAUCAGAACUGGGACAUGUCUUUGCCUCUUAUUGUAACUCUUAGCAUCAUAUCUAUCAUGCUUUUGGCUGCCAUGGUGACCAUAGCUAUCAAGUGCAAGCGGGAAAACAAGGAGAUUCGCACUUACAAUUGUCGCAUUGCAGAGUACUCGCACCCUCAGCUGGGAAAAGGGAAGAAGAAGAAGAUUAACAAGAACGACAUCAUGCUGGUGCAGAGCGAGGUGGAGGAGCGGGAUGCCAUGAAUGUGAUGAAUGUGGUAAGCAGCCCUUCCUUGGCCACCUCUCCCAUGUACUUUGACUACCAGACACGCCUGCCACUCAGCUCACCAAGGUCAGAGGUCAUGUACCUCAAGCCCACUGCCAAUAACCUCAGCGUGCCCCAAGGCCACGUGGGAUGCCACACCAGCUUCACAGGCCCAGUCACCAGCACCACAGACACACCUACUAACCGCAUGUCCAUCAUACAGACGGACAAUUUCCCCACUGAGCCUAAUUAUAUGGGUAGCAGACAACAGUUUGUUCAAAGUAGUUCAACAUUCAAAGACCCUGAGCGAGCAAGCCUCAGAGACAGCGGUCAUGGUGACAGCGACCAGGCUGACAGUGACCAGGACACCAACAAAGGCUCCUGCUGUGAUAUGUCUGCGAAAGAAGCCCUCAAGCUGAAGGCUGCAGGCGUGAAACCACCACCUCUGGAGCAAGAUGAGGAUUGUCUGAACUGUACAGAGGAGUGCCGGGUACUCGGUCAUUCUGACCGCUGCUGGAUGCCCCAGUUCCCCACUGGAGGAAACCAGGCAGAGGGUAUCGACUACCGCAACAAUAUGUUUGUGCCAGCAGGGAUGGAGACUGUGCCAGAGACAGAGACCUACGAGACUGUCAACCCCAAUGGCAAGAAAACGUUCUGUACUUUUGGCAAGGAGAGACGUGACCACACCAUCCUGGUUGCCAACGUCAAGCCCUACUUGAAGGCGAAACGUGCUCUCAGCCCACUGCUCCAAGAGGUACCCUCAGCAUCCAGCAGUCCUACCAAGGGCUGCUCCACCAUGUCUCCCUGCUCCUCAAUCAAAAGCCCCGCCGACGGGGCCGAAGGCAAACCACCUCCGGCCACCUGCUCUGGUCACUAUGGGCCUCCUGAUGGUCAGUACCUGUCACCCACCAAACAAACCAGAGAACAGGGGGUCUACCCAUCCUUGCCUCCUUCAGACCCAGUGGCCAAGGUGCUCGCAGAGGCUCGCUCUAGGAUCAGCCAAGAGGCAGCAGGUGAAAUGGAGUGUGUCCUGGAGCAGGUGGAGCCAGACGCAAGCCGUGACGGAAUGGACGCUGACCAGGUGGUGAGAGACAUCGACAAACUAUUGCAGGACUGCAGGGGAAGUGAAGCCACUGGCACGCUCAGGAAGUGACACAAAGAACUGCAGCAAAAAGAAGUCAAGACGGUAGAGAGAGGAGUAGGGUGCUAUUCCACGAACUCUCAUACCAAAACUCUCACCAAAACAAACUGAAAAAAGCUUAAAUGGCUCCUAUGACAGGAGCUCUUUUCACUGUAUUUGUUGUAAGAAAACACUGAACAUUUAAUAUAUCAGUCAUUCGGCACCAGUUUCGGUGCUGAGAUCCCUACCAACAGAAAGGAACUUGGUAACAAACAUCUGAAUUCUUCUGAAUUUAUAAACUCUUAUGUUUUGGAUUCCUAAGCAAAUUGCAGAGGUUCUCGCCUCAGGCACCUCGCAAGCUUAUUAUCUAAGUGCCCACCAGCUCAUAAGUGUGUUGUUCAUGGUCUCGUGAAAUCCUACAUAUUUAAGUGUGUAGGUGGAUUUCUGUUAUGUGUGAUGGACAUCAAAAACGAUCGAAAAAGGACUAUUUAUGGUCAGAUGCGACAAUCGACGCGGACGCAGAAACAAAUUCUAAUCUGUUUGGGGCAGUAAAAAGACCGAAAUCCACAAGCCGACCUUAUCCUUUUUGAAUUUAAUCUAAGUGUUUGGAUCCUGUGUCUGAAAAGAUUGGUUAAUCAGGGGUGUGUUCGCAGGGGUUUGUUAUGAACUCGGGGGUCGGAGUGGCUUCAGUGUCCCGCUGAAGGUGAAUUAUUACCAGUGUAACCAUGCUUCACCUGUCAUUUGUAGCUACAUGUGUAAGCUGUGUCUGUCUCACACCUCUAUUUAAAUGUUCACGUUGCUGACCGGUGUAGCUGCACGCACACAAGUUUACACACGUGCACUACACUUUGCGCAAACAUACGCUGACACACGCACUGAUGCCUCACCACACUCAAACAAACACACACACACACACACACACACACGCACACAUAGACACAAAUGCUUAAACACAACUGUCCAUCUGUGGAAUUGUCCUAUACAUGUACGUCAUCAGCUUUCAGUCCCUUGUGUACGGUGAAUUAUCAUGUGUGUGACUCUGCCUUAAGGCAAGUUGUAAAAAAAAAAGGGACAUUUUUCCUCAACUGUGAAAAGAUGAUAUCUAUAUGAUUAUAUAGAUGACUGUAUGUAUGAAUCCAUGUAUAGUGUCCAAAUAUUAACAAAAAUAUUUAUACAUUUUGUAAGAAAA